AUGAUUCCAAACUACUCUACUGAAGAAACCGUUAAAAGAAUCCAUGUCGACUGUCCCGUUUCAGGAAGGCACAGUUACAUCUACAUUAUGGUUCCAACUGUUUACAGCAUCAUCUUUAUUAUAGGCAUAUUUGGGAACAGCCUGGUCGUGAUUGUCAUUUACUGCUACAUGAAAUUAAAAACGGUAGCCAGCAUCUUUCUUCUAAACCUGGCGUUGGCCGACUUGUGUUUUUUAAUAACUCUACCACUCUGGGCAGCCUACACGGCCAUGGAGUACCAGUGGCCUUUUGGCAACUGUCUCUGUAAGUUGGCCUCGGCAGGGAUAAGUUUCAACCUGUACGCCAGCGUGUUCCUCCUCACCUGCCUCAGUAUUGACCGCUACCUGGCCAUAGUACACCCGGUCAAGUCCCGAAUCCGACGUACCACCUUUGUUGCCAGAAUAACUUGCAUUGCCAUCUGGCUGCUGGCCGGCGUGGCCAGCUUGCCCGUCAUCAUUCACCGUAACAUAUUCUUUGCCGAGAACCUGAACAUGACAGUCUGUGGGUUUCGGUACGACAACAACAACACGACGCUGCGGGUCGGGUUAGGCUUAUCCAAAAACCUGCUAGGCUUUUUCAUUCCUUUUCUGAUCAUAUUAACAAGCUACACCUUAAUUUGGAAGACCCUGAAGAAAGCAUAUCAAAUUCAAAAAAAUAAGACAAGAAAUGAUGAUAUUUUUAAGAUGAUUGUGGCAAUAGUAUUUUUCUUCUUCUUUUCCUGGAUUCCUCAUCAAGUGUUCACUUUUCUGGAUGUGUUAAUCCAAUUACAUGUAAUAACAGACUGCAAAAUCACUGAUAUUGUGGAUACAGCUAUGCCCUUCACCAUUUGCAUUGCUUACUUUAACAACUGUUUGAACCCUUUUUUUUAUGUUUUUUUUGGAAAAAACUUUAAAAAAUACUUUCUUCAGCUAAUAAAAUACAUUCCACCAAAUGUCAGCACACAUCCAAGCCUAACAACAAAAAUGAGUGCCCUUUCAUAUCGGCCACCAGAAAACAUACGCAUGCCCACUAAAAAGACUGCUGGGUCUUUUGACACUGAAUGA